AUGUCCUCCAAGAAUGAAUACGAUUUCAUCAUUGUUGGUGCUGGCCCGGCUGGUUGCAGUCUCGCACGUGGGCUUGCCAACAGCCUGAGCCGGCCAUCCGUUUGCUUAGUCGAGGCUGGCGGUAUCAACAAUGACGCUAGCAACCGCGUGAUUGGAAACCUCUUUGUACAGAAGAUGAACCCGGAACAGGCCAAGUUGUAUGAAAGCAAGCCCCAGAAGGCUCUCUCCGGUCGCAAAAUCGAUCUAACCCGUGGCGCCGGCCUCGGUGGCUCAUCAGCAGUCAACUUCACAGCCUGGACCGUUCCGCCUCGUGACGACUUUGAGGCCAUCGCGAAUGUCACUGGAGAUCCCUCCUGGCGCAUCCGGAGGUCCCAGCUGGAACAGAGAUAUUUGAACCCCAAAGCUGCCGACCAUGGCUAUGCAGGUCCUCUCCAUAUCGGGUUUGAUGAUAGAUGGGAUAUCUAUGCCACUGAGAUGAUGGAAAAUUGGUCAGAUAACGGAUGCCCAAUCAACCCUGAUCUGGGCAAUGGCGAUUUCCUCGGGAUUUCUAUUUGCCCAAAGACUGUACAUCGUGGCACUCGUGUCACGGCCGACAACCUCCUUUACCCGCUCCCCUCUAACCUCCACAUAAAGACGGCGUCUCAUGUGCGCCUGGUUAUAUUGGAAGGAAAGCGGGCGGCCGGCAUUUCCCUGCUCGAUGGCACGGUGCUGAGUGCGCGCAAAGAAGUGAUUCUCUCCGCUGGUGCCCUCGACACACCCAAGAUCCUAAUGCACUCUGGAAUUGGGCCGGCCGAACAGCUCAGCAAGUUUGGCAUUCAGACCAUUGUUGAUAAUAAAUUCGUGGGUCAGAACACCAAGGACCACUACCAUGUAGCCUUGAAGUACGGCCGGUCCGAGGAAUCAAACAAGGUCGCAGCCUUCUUCCGCGAUAAAGCCCGCCAGGAAGCAGCCCUCCGCGAGUGGAACCUCUACCGAACCGGCGACUUCACUAACCUGGGAACGUCCAUGAACAUGGGAUUCUUCAAGAGCGAUGCUGUCCUCAAGAGUCAAGAGUUCGAGAGUCUGCCUAAAGAGGAACAGGCCCGUCUUGAAAUGCCCACUGUUCCCACGUACGAGAUUGCUGUUCUGGGUAUUGCUCCUGAAUACUAUCUAGCUCCCGAAACGAGCCCUCCUCUGCUGUCUGUUCUCGUCUUUGUUCAUAACUCUCAGUAUAAUGGUAGCAUGAGGCUUGUUUCAGAUGACCCUACCGUGCCAUUGGACUUUGACGUCGGUUUCAUGGCUCAUCCUUACGACCGACGUGUGGCUAUCGAAGCAACCAAGGAAGUCAUGAAAGUCACUGGCAGCACCGCCUUCAGAAAGGAUGAGCACCCUACUCAGGCCGCCUUUGACGUACCCAAGGAUGAUAGCGACGAGAGCAUCCUAGCAUUCUGGAACAAGGAUUGCACAAGCACAUGGCAUACUGUCGGUAGCUGUAAGAUGGGUCGUCGUGGUGAUGAGACUGCUGUUGUGGAUACUCAAUUUUCUGUAAAGGGCGUCAAGGGUCUUCGUGUCGCCGAUCUGAGUGUCUUGCCCGUUCUUGUGAGCUCCCAUACGCAGGCUGCCGCCUAUCAGAUUGGUAUGUUGGCUGCCGAGAAGCUCAUACCAGAGUACCGUCUCAACGGAAAGCCAGCCUUGUAA